GUACGUUGAUAGGAGAGAACGUGAAGAGGCUCGGAUUGAUCGUCACCGUGGCCAGGAUUUGAAUUUCUUUUUCUCUUCCCGGUACUACCGGGGAGGGGAGAUUUUAAAAAAGGAUCUUCCUCCGAGAUGCUGGGGUGGGGGUGAAGUUUUAGCAUGUCGCAUCGGCAGCCGGUGAGGACCAUGGAACCCAACGCAAGCUCCACUGCGAGCUGGAGCGUCGACUGGGGCUCGGGCGGUGGGUCAGACGAGCAGGGCAACGUGAGCAGCACCCGGGCAACUGAUAACAGGACCACGGGCGGGAGCCACCCCUUCGGCAGCCUGCUGCAGUACGGCGAAGAGGACAUCUACCGAGACUUCACCACCUCGGCGCAGAUCCUUAUAUUUAUCGGCUCCGUGCUGGGAAAUCUAAUGGUAUUGUGGUCAACGUGCCACACAACAGUAUUCAAGUCCGUCACAAAUCGUUUCAUCAAAAACCUGGCCUGCGCUGGAAUCUGUGCAAGUGUUGUUUGUGUGCCUUUCGACAUCAUUCUGAGUGCCAAUCCAUACUGCUGCUGGUGGAUUUAUACCCUGCUGUUCUGCAAAAUCAUCAAAUUCCUGCACAAAGUCUUCUGUUCAGUCACUGUCCUCAGCUUUACAGUCAUUGCAUUGGACAGGUACUACUCUGUCUUAUAUCCUUUAGAGAGGAAGAUCUCUGAUACAAAGUCCAGGGACUUGGUGAUCUACAUCUGGAUUCAUGCAGUAUUAGCCAGUGCUCCAGUUUUCGCGGUGACUAGUGUUUCAGAUAUCUAUGCCAUGUCUACAUGCAGCAGCUCAUGGAACCAUUCUUUUGGACACCUGACUUAUGUAAUUGUAUAUCAUGUCACCACCGUGAUACUGCCAAUAGCCAUGGUGUUCUUGGUGAUGAUUCUGAUUCGCAGAGCUCUCAGUGCCAGCCAGAAGAAGAAAGUAAUUAUUGCUGCAUUACGAACUCCACAGAACAUAAUUUCAAUCCCGUAUGUUUCCCAGCGGGAGGCUGAACUACAUGCUAUGCUGCUCUCUAUGGUGCUGGUAUUUAUUGUUUGCAGUGUUCCUUAUGUGGUCUUUGUGAUUUAUCGAAUCAUUUUUAAUAUCACCGAUAUUUCUGUCUUUUUGAUGCUGACAGCCAUCUGGUUGCCCAAAGUUUCUCUGCUCACUAACCCAUUACUCUUCCUGACUGUCAAUAAGUCUGUCCGGAAGUGCUUAGUGGGGACCAUGAUUCAGCUCCAUCGCAGGUACAGUAGACGGAACAUCAUAAACUCUGGUGCCCUCAGCGAUGCCACACUUGAGCCUGGGGUUCGGUCAGGCAGUCAAUUGCUUGAGAUGUUCCAUAUUGGACAGCAGCAGAUCUUCAAACCUUCGGAUGAGGAGGAGGAGGACGUAAAUGAGAUUAAGUCGCUGGCAUCUAGUGAAUGCCGGCAGAAAGAAAUACCUACUGCUAGUUUGGAGGUGGAGCAGUCUUUAGAGACCAAAGUUACUCCACACGUUAACAAUGAUCCGGGUGCAGUGCCAGGAGCAACAGCAGCACCUCCAGAUUCAGAUGCAGUCUCCGACAAGUAUGAAAUGCAGUUUGGCUUUGGCCCAUUCGAACUUCCUCCACAGUGGCUCUCCGAGACACGAAACAGCAAGAAAAGGCUCUUGCCCCCCUUGGGUAACACACCAGAGGAACUGAUUCAGACAGCUGACAAGCAACCAAAGUUCAAAGCAGAGCGGAAGAUUAGCAGGAACAAUAAAAUCAGCAUUUUUCCCAAAGUGGAUUCUUAGUCCUUCGAUUUAGUCCAGCAAGAGUGAAGAAUGUUUUGAAAACACAGUCCUAUCAGUUUCUAUAGCACACAGUAACAUAGCACUGCCUACACAAUAUUGUAUGUCAAACUAUUUUUAAAGCAAAUGAAGUACAAGCUACAGACUCAUUCUUCAAUUAGCAGUGCUCCUGUGGCCAAUGAUCAGAAGGAUUUGCAUUUGAACUUCCUUGUUUCACCAUCUGAAUUGCAAAUAGUUCAUAUUUUGACAUGGAAGAGUGAGUGGGAAAUACUUUAAUCCAUUGACAUUCAAAAGUGAGAAGUUAUUUAUUUUCUUAUUUUGUAUAGGAUUGCUUAAUCUUACUUAAAAUUGAUAUUCAUCUGUAUUUGACUUGAAUCUGAAGGUGAAAGUAGCAGUUUUUCUGGAUGAUUUCAUCAGCCCUGCUUUAUCGCCAUCCUAUAGAUUCUUGUACUGCAGUAUCAAAUUCAGCCAGAAUGCCACAUUCUUUUAUAGUAAUUCAGUUUCAUCUGGAACCGAAGGAUGAGAUUCUUCCACUAAUUAGUUAGUAUCACUUCUCAAGCCAUUUUAUCAGUCCUUAAAAUGUACUGUUGGAAUAAGGGCAUUGCUGGUUUGUUUGAAAAUUAUUAGCCAUUCCUGUGUGGCCUGAUAAUAUGGCACUGGGCAUUGCAUUUUUAUCUCUUUGAUACAACUCAAUGUAUUUUGAGAGAUCUCAGAGUGCAGGUAAAACUUAACCUUAGUGAUUUGGGAGUGAGGUCACACAUGGGUCAGGUGGGAGCUGCAAGUUUCAUGGUCACAAUUAUUGAAAUAUUUUAAAAAUCUCUAUCUCUUUUGAAAUUGAAUUCUGAUUCUUGAACUGCCAAGAUGGAAUUUUAACUUGUACAGUCUGCAAAAUGAACCCAGGUCUCUGGAUUACUGGUUCAAUAAUAGAACCAAUACAUAAUCAAACCCCAAAUUGCACUGAUACUCUAUAGAUGACACCUUUAUAUUUUCUCUGCACUUUCCAAAACACACAUAAAAUGGUCUAUGGUAUGAUGUUUCUGUCUGGUACGUACAUAUAUUAUUGUUCAUGUGACCAAAAAGAAAGAAUAGUUUGAACUGCAUUGACCAGCUCACUACUUUCAAUUAGUAAAAAAAAUGCUAUCACUUGUUGUUUGUCUAUUUGGUAGGUGUAUUUUGAUUGACUACUCUGUGUAUAAACAAUCCCAUAACAUUAUGUGGCUGUUACUUUUAUUAUAAAAUAAUAUAACGGAAA